AUGCUGUCGUUGUUGUUUCGUUGUCCUCCAUUUUCCACUUUGUUUGCGAGGCUCGAAUUGUUUGGAAAGGAAAAAAUAAAUGAUUUUGGUGGUUGUGAUGGUGUUGGUGUUGGUGUUGGUGAUGAUGGCGAUGGUUAUGAUGAUGGUGGUAAUGGCGGUGAUGGUGUUCAAUGUAAACACUCUAUGCACCUAAAUGGACUUCGUCUGCAAUAA